UUUUACGUAUUCAAGCAUUCUACACCAGCAUUUUCCAUUAGCGAAAUUUUCGGAGAUUAUUUCUAACAAAAGCUCAAAACCGAUAUCGAUUCUCUUUUUUCCCAAAAAUUAUGAGUAAUUUGCAGAGAACCAGGCGACGCUGCGAAGGUACGGCCAUGGGCGCCAUAGUUCUUGAUCUGCGACCGGGCCUCGGAAUUGGACCUUUUACCCUUGGUAUGCCAAUUUGUGAUGCUUUUGCUCAAAUUGAACAGCAGCCUAACCUAUAUGAUGUUGUCCACGUGAAGCAUUUGGACGAGGAUCCUCUGAAACUGGAUUUUGUUAUUAGCUUUCCCGACCAUGGUUUUCAUCUUCGUUUUGAUUCUUGGUCACAGAGGCUACGCCUUAUUGAAAUUUUUGAUGUAAAGCGUCUUCAAAUGCGCUACGCGACUUCUCUUAUUGGGGGACCAUCAACCCUAGCUACUUUUGUAGCGGUAUAUGCACUUUUUGGGCCAACCUUUCCUGGUAUUUAUGAUAAACAUAGAGGAGUUUACUUUCUAUUCUAUCCGGGACUAUCAUUUGCUUUUCCAAUUCCAAACCAGUAUACAGAUUGCUGCCAUGAUGGGGAAGCUGAACUACCCUUAGAGUUUCCAGAUGGCACAACACCUGUUACAUGUCGUGUCUCUGUAUAUGAUAGUUCUACAGACAAAAAAGUUGGGGUUGGAUCUUUAAUGAAUAGGGCAUCUGCUCCUCCACUACCAGCAGGUAGCCUUUACAUGGAAGAGGUGCAAAUCAAGCUUGGGGAACAAUUGUACUUCACAGUUGGCGGCCAGCAUAUUCCUUUUGGUGCAUCACCUCAGGAUGUAUGGACUGAAUUAGGUCGUCCUUGUGGAAUUCAUCAAAAGCAGGUUGAUCAAAUGGUCAUUCACUCUGCCUUAGAUCCUCGUCCGCGGACAACUCUUUGUGGUGAUUAUUUCUACAAUUAUUUCACAAGAGGACUAGAUAUCUUGUUCGAUGGGCAGACUCAUAAAAUCAAGAAGUUUGUUUUGCAUACAAACUAUCCUGGUCAUGCAGAUUUCAAUUCUUACAUAAAAUGCAAUUUUGUUAUUUUUGGUGCUAAUUUUGGGAGUUCAUAUCAGGAUACUAAACACAAGAUAACGCCAAGCACAAAGUGGGAGCAAGUAAAGGAAAUUCUUGGGGACUGUGGUCGGGCCGCUAUCCAAACGCAAGGUUCUACUAGCAAUCCUUUUGGAUCCACUUUUGUAUAUGGCUAUCAAAAUGUCGCAUUUGAGGUGAUGAAGAACGGUUAUAUCGCAACGGUGACACUUUUCCAAUCAUGAUGAUUAUAUUGCAUGGUUGUAUGAAAGCAGCAAAAUCUGUUUGUAGAAACUAGAAAUCAGGGUGGUGGUGGUGGGAACUGAUGAUAAAUGUACAGUUUGUGUUUGACAUGUAUAGAUUGUUGUUUGAUUUAUGGAGAUUGUAGUUAUGUAUUGUUACAUUGUGAAUAUGUUUUAAAUUAAAUACAUUUUCAAAAACUA